AUGCGCUUUAGUCGCUUUGUUGCACUUUUCGCCUCGGCUGCUCUCUUGGUAUCUGCUGCUCCACUCCCCGUUCCUGUCUUCAACCACGAAGGGGCGAUGAACUAUCAUCUACGUUCGGCGGAUCACCAUCAAAUACAAGCAGGUCAUCACGGAAACCAGGCGAUAUUCCACUCCGGCGCCCUCGCCCUGGCGCAAAGAAGACAUGAUGGAGAAACCGCUGCGCGGCACCAGACGGCGAUGGAUUACCAUAAUCAGCAACAGGUGCAUCAUCUAGGUCAAUACACUCGCCAUAUGCAACAAGCGGAGCAUCACCGUCAACGUCUUGAGACUCGGAGCAUAGAGGAGUUGGAUUAG